AUGGCUGUUUUCUCGCGCCUCCUCCCCACCAUCGCCAGCGCCUAUGUCGGACAGGCCAUCUUCGCUGCCAUCUUUGUGCCCCAGCAGAACGAGACGUUCUACGACUUCUGUGGAGCCGUUGGAUGGGCCACUACAACGGUCCUGUCGUUGUACUAUCCGUCUUUGAAGGCCAAGUUCUGGGAUGGUCUCCCUGGCUCUCUCCCCGCCCCGACAUCGUUCGCGCCAAGACAGGUGCUUUUGUCAGCUGCAAUAGGCCUGUGGACAUUGCGAUUGGGUAGCUUCUUGACUAUGAGGGCCAUAAAGGCAGGUGGCGACUCACGGUUCGACGAGAUUAAGAAACAGCCUGCCAGAUUCACUUUCUUUUGGAUUGCACAAGCGACUUGGAUUACACUUGUUGGACUUCCCGUCUUCCUCGCAAAUGCAAUCCCGAAACAGGCACAUCCUCCUCUGGGUCCUCGGGACUAUCUUUCUCUUGCGCUCUACGCAAGUUCCUUCCUCAUCGAAGUAAUUGCUGAUAAUCAGAAAAUGGCCUGGAGAAGAGCAAAGGCAAAAAAACUGCAUGAUGAACAGUUCAUCUCCUCUGGUUUAUGGGCGGUCAGCCGACACCCAAACUACAUGGGAGAAGUCGGAAUCUGGGCGGGCAUCUGGGCUCUCUCAGCAGGCUCUCUCCAGACUGCUGCAUAUCCUCGUGGAACCGUCGCUCUUGCCGCGUUGAGCCCCCUGUUUACCUGGUAUUUGCUUCGUUGUGUUUCGGGCGUGCCUCCGCUCGAACGAGCAGGCAAUAAGAAAUUUGGGUCUAACCCCAAGUGGCAGCAAUAUAAAAACUCAGUGCCGAUCUUCUGGCCAUGGGGAUCCACGAAAUGA